AAGGGGGUAUUGCGCAAUAUAAAAAGGGCAGAAAUUGGUGAAAUCGAGCCCGCUUCGUCUUCGUCUUCGUCUUCGUCUUCGUCCUCGGCACUGUCGUCUUAAUUUUGAAAAAGUAAUUGCAAUUUGCAAUAGUAGUAGUAACAGCGUGGGUCUGGUCUGGAAAUCAAAAGAAAAAAAUGGCCAACAGUAAUCUCCCCCGAAGAAUCAUCAAGGAAACUCAGCGUCUUCUAAGUGAACCAGCACCGGGAAUUAGUGCUUCUCCAUCAGAGGACAACAUGCGAUAUUUUAAUGUAAUGAUCCUCGGCCCAACACAGUCUCCAUACGAAGGAGGAGUUUUCAAGUUGGAACUAUUUUUGCCUGAAGAAUAUCCAAUGGCUGCUCCUAAGGUCCGAUUUCUCACCAAAAUAUAUCAUCCUAACAUUGACAAGCUUGGAAGGAUAUGCCUUGAUAUUCUGAAAGACAAAUGGAGUCCUGCUCUUCAAAUUCGAACUGUACUUUUGAGCAUUCAAGCUCUUCUGAGUGCUCCGAACCCUGAUGAUCCACUUUCUGAGAACAUUGCGAAGCAUUGGAAAACGAAUGAGGCUGAAGCUGUUGAAACAGCAAAGGAGUGGACCCGUUUAUAUGCAAGUGGUGCCUGAUGACAUGGUGGAAAGUUUUGCUUCCCCUGAAUAACAUUAAUGAAAUGUAUGCUAUUGACUGUCAAUUUUAAAUGGAAAUUUGGUACAACUGAUCUUUGAACAAUCGGAGUUUAAUAUUCUCAAAGCUUCCAGUUGCUGUCCGUUCAUUGUUUUCCUCUCAUGGAAGCCUUGUGAAACUUGUAUGAUAAAAUGGGCCAUUAAGUGGCAAACUAUUCUAUAUAUAAUAUUCAUGCCUGGUAGGUUUCUUUAGUCAAAAUUGUUUUUAAGUCAUUGUUAAAAGCUAGUUGCUUUGGCUUACCAGUUGGUACAAACUCAUCAGUAGUUUUGAAGUUGAUGCUCUCCAGUAUCCUCCAAUGGUACUUGAUAUUUUAUGUACACUGCUGUAGAUUUUAUUGAAGCCAUUGGCUUAUUAUGUCUGCUCUCUGAGAGGGGGAAAAAUAUUGUCAUUAAAAUUGUGUAAUAAGUGGAAGCUUCUUUUUUUGUUUUUUUGUUA